UCGCCAGUUGGCUGCGGCACUCGCGUCACCUCGGUCGCCACAAUUCAUAUAUUUUCCGUCUACACGACGACCUACACAGGGUCAGCUGUAGACCGCGGUUAUCGCUACUUUAUACGGUGUUAGAAUCAAAAUUGUCAUUAAAAGUUUUUAUAUCCAGAACGGGUCAUGACAUUACCCACAGUGCAGUCGGGCUAUUUAUAAAGUGCAGUGAAGGAUUGCUCAAAUAUUCUCAUUUGAUUUUAUGAUUCAGUCUUUGUUUAGAGUAACACGACCGUCAUCGUGGAAAACGGCGAAGAAAUUGUAAAAGUUAAUAAAAUGCAAGUACCAAAUGGAAUUAGUCACGGGAAACACUUGAACGGGCCGGAUCAGGUAGUACCGUCAGACAGUUUCACAAACUCAACGCCCGGCGGCUACGUGAAACUACACUUGCAGGCGCGAGGGGUGUCUGCAGAACCUCCCAUCUCAGUGCCCGGCCUUCUCAAUAGGACUGUAGCGAGGUAUCCCGACGCAACAGCGCUAGCAACAAAAAAAGCAGACGGAAAAUGGCACAAAAUCACAUACAAAGUAUACCAGGAACGCGUACGCACAGUAGCCAAAGCUUUCAUAAAGCUAGGUUUAGAGAGGCACCACUCUGUCUGUAUCCUCGGGUUUAACUCAGAACAAUGGUUCGUCGCCGACCUAGCAGCCAUUCAUGCCGGUGGUUACGCGGCGGGUAUCUACACGACGAACUCGGCGGACGCAUGCUACCACUGUCUCUUAUCAUCCCGCGCCAACAUCUGCGCGGUUCAAGACAAGAAGCAGUUGGACAAGAUCCUCUCCAUCAGAAGUAAGCUGCCGCAUUUGAAGGCGCUCAUACAAUGGGAGGGGACCGUCGACACCUCAGUGCCGGGCGUCUACAGUUGGGACCAAGUUAUGGAAAUGGGAGCCAAGGAGUCCAAUGCACAACUCGACAGCGUUCUAAAGACCAUCGCUGUCAACGAGUGCUGUACAUUAGUUUAUACCUCUGGCACGGUGGGUCCCCCGAAGGCGGUGAUGCUGUCGCACGACAACCUGACGUGGGACGCGCACAGCAUCACGGAGCGCGUGGCCGACCUGCAGCCCACGCGCGACCGCAUCAUCUCCUUCCUGCCGCUCAGCCACGUCGCCGCACAGGUCGUAGACAUCUACACGACCCUAUCAAAUGCGAUCCCAGUGUUUUUCGCGCAACCUGAUGCGCUCAAAGGCAGCUUGGUGGAGACUCUCAAGGAAGUCCGGCCAACGAGGUUCUUGGGAGUACCUCGUGUUUGGGAGAAAAUGUACGAGAAGAUUAUGGCAGUGGGUGCGUCCAGUGGCUACAUCAAGAAGCAGAUCGCAAUGUGCGCUAAGGACAAGGGGCUUAAGUACCAUCUUGCUAGGAUUAACGGUGCGCUCUCGAGUGGCAUGUACGGUCUGCCAAUAGACCUCACCAUUCCUGAAAUGAUCAAGUAUUGGUUGGAGGGUUCAUCAUUCGGCUACAAGAUGGCCAAAUCCCUGGUGUUCAGCAAGGUGCACGACUCGCUAGGCUUGGACCAGUGCACGACGUUCGUAACGGCGGCGGCCCCACUGUCGCCCGACAUCAAGAAGUUCUUCCUUUCGCUGGAUGUGCCCAUUGUGGACGCGUUCGGCAUGAGCGAGGCAUCGGGUGCUCAUACCCUCAGCAUAUACCCCAAGUUCUCCCUGGACUCAGCGGGCGCUCUCCUAGACGGUACAGAGACCAUGUUCGGUGGUUCCGUCAGUCCCAACGGUCCCGGGGAGAUCAUGAUGCGUGGCCGUCAUGUCUUCAUGGGAUAUCUCAACGACGAGGCGAAGACUAAGGAAGCCAUUGACGAUGAAGGCUGGUUGCACUCUGGAGAUAUCGGCAGAGUUGACAGCAACGGUCUUCUGUACAUCACGGGUAGAAUAAAGGAGCUAUUAAUCACGGCGGGCGGCGAGAACGUGGCGCCGGUGCUGAUCGAGCAGGCGGUGCAGGCGGAGCUGCUGCACGUGGGCUACGCCGUGCUCAUCGGAGACAGGCGCAAGUUCCUCUCCGUACUGCUUACAUUGAAGGCUAAAGUGAAUUCUGAAACAAGUGAAGCAACUGACGAUUUGGACAACGAGACAAGGAAAUGGGUUGCCAGCCUCGGCAGUAAAGCUACCAAAAUCAGUGAAAUUGUCAACACCAAGGAUGCUGCAGUAUACAAAGCCAUUGAAGAGGGUAUAACUCGGGCCAACAAACACGCGAUAUCAAACGCACAGAAAAUCCAGAAGUUCGCUAUCCUUCCUAAAGACUUCUCAGUGCAUUCUGGAGAAUUAGGGCCAACGUUGAAAAUCAAGAGAAACGUCGUUUACGAAAAGUACAAAGACAUCAUAGAAGACUUUUAUAAAGAGUAAAAUAUAAGCUUAGUGUUUAGGGCGAGGGACAACGUAAUAAUUAUUGUUAACUUAAUUUGUUAUUGCUCAACUAGGGACUAGUGCAUCGGAAUCAAUGUGAUUGAUAGUACUUUACGCAAAGGUGUAAAUAGGUUAUAUUUUUGUUACAAAAAAUAUAUAAAAUUUUAUAAAAUCUAAA